UUAUCCAUUAAGAUAUGAAGAGUAGCAAUUAACAUCUUUAAAGGAAAUAAGUCAUCGUCAGUCACAAAUCUGUAUGUCAAGUAGAAUUAUGAGUACAUAAGAGUAUGAAAUGCUUUUAGACUAGAUGAUAUCUGUAUUAGAAUUAGAGCACUGUGCUGAAAGAUGAUGUUCAAAGAUCUUGGCAAUUAAGCUCCUUAUUCUUAAGAGUAGACUUAUUUAAAAAAAAUUUUUUAAGCAUGUUAUUGUAUAUCAGACUUCUAGUAAAGAUAACUUCCUGAGCAAGAGCAGACUGCUCAGCUUUAUGCUGUUGUGGCAAAAAUCUACAACUUGUACCAGGUUGAAUUCAGUGAGAAACUACAGUGACUUCUACCCAAGAACUAUACAAAAAACCAGCCAGAAGCCAGUGAGUAAUGGAAAAAGAGACUGCCAGCUAAUUUGGUGCCAUCAUAGCUUGCUUCAGCACAGGCAAAUAAUUCUAUCAUGAGUAGAGACAGGCCAGAAAUGUGUAACCUGCAAGGCUCUGUAUCCAGAGGAGAUAAAAGUGGCUCCUGCCAGCCCCCUGAAUGCCUUGAGAUUAGGACCUUGAAAGCCUCAGGGAACAUCACUAACCAGUGCUUGUAUAACAGUGCUCAAAAAGGGGAUAACUCAAUUGCCCAGGGACUGUGAUCAUAAAAGACAUAAAACUGCAUUGAAGAUGCAAGUAGGCCUACUCUGGGGAUAUAGAAGUUUCGGCAGGAAUUGUUAACUACCCUAGAAGAGCUGACGGAAAGCUACAAUAAAAAAUUAUAGAUCUAAAGAUUUCUUACAAAUGAAUAAUUUUGUAAUGACUACAAACACAGACUAAAAGGAAAAAAUGGAUUUUCUACCAGGGCUACAUGGAUAUCUAGAGGAAUCAAGACAAAAAUGUGUAAUAAAAAUGCUGAAGGGAAGAAUUGAAAGGAAAAUAACUUAAAAGAGAAAGUGAUAAACCUUGCUUGAUAACACUCCCUGAAAACUAAAAUAGAUCAAUGUCUAUGAAACAGCAGGAAAAUUAGAAUUUGAAAAGAUUUUUUAAAAUACAAGAAAUUUUCUAUAUCCAAUAUCAAAAAUGAAGGGGCAGCAAGAUGGUGCAGUAAAUAAAGCAUCUGCCCUGGAGUCAGGAGGACCUGAGUUCAAAUCCAGCAUCAGACAUUUAGCACUUCUGUGUGACUGAACAAGUCACUUAAUCCCAGUUGCCUCACACCAAAAAAAAAAAAAAAAAAAAAAAAAAAAAUCUGGCUAUCAGGUCAAGGAGAGAGAUUUUAAGUCAUUGGAGUCCCCGAAAACCAUGACUACCCCCCCACCCCUAUCUCCCCAGAAAAAAAAAAAAAGCCUGAACAUUAUAUUUCAAGAAAUCAUAAAUGAAAACUACCUAGAUCCAUUUGAACCAGAGGGCAGAGUAACAGUAAAAAAAAAAAAAAAAAGUCCAUUAGUCAUCUCUGGAAGACACCUCCUUUCCCCUAGUUCCCCAAGGGAAGAUUUUAGGAAUAUUAUAACCAAAAUCCAGACAUUUCACUAAAGAUGCCUAAAAGACUAUUUUAUGGAGAAUCCACACAAGACAUGUACUUGUGUGAUGGUCAGAAGCAACAAAACAAGGACACUCUAGGGCUUUUUGAACUUUGGAAUUGAUUGUAUGACAUGGGAGAUGCUGGCAAAGAACUUGCCAGCAUAGUGUGCCUGCAUCAAAGAAAGUGCUGUGCUCUGUGAACAAAGAAACUCCAAAUUUAGAGAAUCCACCCAAAUGUUGUCCCACCUGUGGUGAUGCAUUCUGAACUGGAACUGGUCAGCCGCAGUUGGACACACUGUAACUUCACUCUAAAUAGUGAUGUUGUUUAGUUCUCUUCCAGAAUGAGGGAUAACAACCAGUGUUUGUACUACACUAAAAUUCUUUGUCAUCUGUAUUGAGAGUCAUCAUCCCUCACUACGAAAACUACAAAGAUAAAAUAAAGUAUUUUACUGAAUAUUUUGUGACAUCCAUUAGGUAAUUUAAGAUGGUCCAUGGAAUCAAAGAGCAGCUAGAUAGUGCAAUGGAUAGAAUAGUGGGCUUGAAAUCAGAAAGACUCAUCUUCAUGAGUUCAGAUUAGGCCUCAAACACCAGCUGUGUGACACUGACCAAGUCAUUUUACCCAGUGUGCUUCAGUUUCUCAUCUGUAAAAUGAGAUAGAGAGGGAAAUGACAAACUACUCCACUAUCUCUGCCAAGAAAACUUGAAGUGGUGUCAGGAAGAAUUGAACAUGCUUGAAACAACCAAACAACAAAAAUGUAAUCAAAAAGUCAAGAUUGGGAAUAGUUAUAUUUGUUUAUAUUUGUGUAUAGCACACACUCUGAUAACAAAAAAGUUGGACUUGUAGUGAGAAGAUUUGCUUUUAUGACCUAUCUCUAAUUCUUACUAGCUGUGUAGCUGGUUGAUUUUCUCCAUGGAUCGAGGUCUCCAUUCAUGCUACAUAUAAUGGGAUCUGAGGAGGAAAUUUAAACUUAUAUAAGUGUGAUCUGUUGUAAUUUGACAAAUUACAUUUUUAUUGUAAAUUACAUUAUAAUGUAAUUUUGUUGUAAUUACAAUAUACAAAUUACAUUACAUAAUUACAAAUACAUUUGACCAUGGCUCUGUUUUCCCCUUUUUCCAAAAGAAGCAGUGCAGGAAGUGCUGUGCUUAAAUGAAAUUGUCUUUUAGGGAAGGAAGUGUAAUGCUGGGUUUGAAUAUUCUUGAGGAAAAGGGGACAAGCUUUCAGUGUGGAUUUGAUCAUAAUGAUUUAAAAGAUAUUAGCUAAAUUCAUUGGUUGUUGAUUAAUUCCCCAGCUGAUUGGAUCUCCCAAAAUGUCUGUGCAAGAAAAAUACCUGGGAGGGAGGAUUUCUCAAACCAGUCCAUCGGAUUCCAAUUUGGUUCAGAAGGGCAGUUCCCUGGGGACCGAAUGGCAGACCCCAGUCUCAGAGCCAUACAGAAGCCACUUCAGCCGCUGCUCAAGUGUGGCUGACACGGCCAUCGGCACAUCAUGUUCCGACAUCGUUGAAGAGUUUUGCAGCUCUAGUGGCAGCUCAUCCUUCCAGCCCAUCAAAAGCCAAGUAACCAUUCCUACAGCCCAUGUGAUGCCAUCUACUUUGGGGACCUCUCCAGUCAAGCCAGCUUCCACCCACACGGGGCUGCUUUCCUCCAAACUGCCUGUGUCGGGAUUGUCUGAAACCUCGGGACUGCCCCGGAAUGGAGACCUCAGCACCAUGAAGAGGUCUCCAGGCCUGCCUAGGGAUCUCAUGUACCUCUGUGGAACUCCUGGAGAAAAUGGAAUUGAACAAUCCUGGUUUCCUGCUUUGGGCCACGAAAGGGAAGAGGAGAUGACGAAGUUUGAUACUCCCAACAUGGAGACAACUCUCAACCAGUCAGUACUGAUGGAAACACUGUAUUCAGAUCCCUACUACCGAUUCCACCUGCAGAAUCCAGCAGCUGAGACAGGCAAGGAGUUGUAUAAGGUAUUGCCUGAGACUAAGAAGGCCCCAGGUGUUGGGGUUGGAUGUGAACGAAAUGGAGCCCAUGUCGUUGCUGGUGGGCUGCUUCAGACAGCAUCUGGCUUCCCAAAGCCUCUCCAGUCACAGGGAUGGCUUCAAAGCCCUGAUGCUUGGCAUUCCCAGGAACAGUCUUGUGAACUCAGCUCAUGCCGACAGCAGCUGGAGUCAAUUCGGUUACAGAUGGAACAAAUGAAGCUCCAGAAUGGAGCUACUUGCCACCACCCCUCAGCUUAUGCUUCAUCUCUGCCAGCCCUGGAGCCAGCCCAGUGGGUGGGCAUCCUGAACAGCAACGAGAACCUCCUGAAGGAAAAGGAUAUUCUUAUUAACAAACAGAGGCAGCAUAUCUCUCAAUUGGAACAGAAAGUCCGUGAGAGUGAGCUUCAAGUCCACAGUGCUCUGCUGGGCCGCCCUGCUCACUAUGGGGAUGUCUGCAUGCUGAGACUGCAAGAGCUGCAGCGAGAGAACACUUUCCUCCGAGCACAGUUUGCUCAGAAGACAGAGGCUCUCAGUAAAGAAAAGUUAGAGCUUGAAAAGAAACUGUCUGCCUCAGAAGUGGAUGCACAGCUCAUCCGGGAGUCCCUCAGGGUGGCGCUGCAGAAACAUUCAGAAGAAGGGAAGAAGCAAGAAGAAAGGGUCAAGGGACGGGAUAAACACAUUAAUAAUCUAAAAAAGAAAUGUCAGAAGGAAUCGGAGCAGAACCGUGAGAAACAGCAGCGUAUUGAGACCCUAGAGCGCUACCUGGCCGACCUGCCCACCAGGGAGGAUCAUCAGAAGCAGAGCCAUAAGCUCCGGGAAUUGGAACUGAAGAACUCAGACCUGCAGGAGCUAGUGACGGACUUGGAGAGAAAGCUGGGAGAGGCCCGGGCAGGCUGCACGGAUCGGGAAUCCCAACUUGAGAGCCUGAAACAGAGAGAGCGGGAACUCCUCUCCACUGUGCAUAGUUUGCAAGAUAAACAAUCUUCAAAGAAGGCCAGUGGAGGAAGCCUGAUUCAACAGGUGGAAAGCCCCAAAGCAGAGACUGAAUCUUUGCAGAAAGAGUGUGAUUGCCUCAGGAAGAUUGUGGAUAAGCAACAGAAGAAAAUAGACCAGUUGUGUUCACAAGUGAAGAAAUUAGAGGCAGAAAUGGCUCAAGAAGAAGGAGCUGGUCAAGCUCUGAAGGAGGAGGCCAAGAAGAGGGAAAAUGCCUUGGAGCAGCUGCGCUUGGCAGUAAAAGAGCUUUCAGUGCAGAACCAGGACCUGAUCGAGAAGAACCUAACCCUCCAGGAGCACCUUCGCCAGGCUCAGCCGGCUUCUUUGCCUUCUUCAGACACAGCCCAGCUGGUUCAUGAGCUGCAUCAGGAGCUGGGCAGCUGCUUGCAUGAUCUCCAGGCUGUCUGCAGUAUCGUGACCCAGAGGGCCCAGGGACGAGACCCCAACCUGUCCCUUCUCCUGGGCAUCCAUUCUACAUCCCACCUCCCGACUGAGCCAGAUUUGCAGAAACCAGAUGUGAUCAUCAAGAAGCUAGAAGAAGUCAGGCAGUUGCAUCGUGACAUUGAGGAAAUACGUACCACCAUGUCUGACAGAUACGCCCAGGACAUGGGAGACAACUGUAUCACUCAGUGAAGACCUAGGAAAUAGAGGGAGGGAUUAGGGAGGGAAGGCCAGGCCAGCACUGCCUCUUGAUUGCUGUGAGGGGUCGGUGAAUGAUUUAGAAAGCCCCCUGCCAAGGAUAUAUCUGUCCUUCAGGAACAUGUAUAUUGGCACUUGCCAGUUCUGAUUUGUGCCCCUGGGUAGUGAUGGGGAGGGUGAGUUAAUCAUUAACUGGCCUUCCCAAGGCACAACCUGCUGCCCAGGAAAACCCUGUCCUGGCCUCAGGCCACAGAGAAGCCUGGCCUGUUGCCUUGUCAAAGCCCCGUCCUUGCAGAUGGGGACCAGAAUCUCUUUAGGCUGUUUUGCCCACAGCAUUCAGUAGAGCAAGUAGAGGCCCUUGCUGUGAUUGCCCUCACAUCCCUCCCGCAUACCCAGGACUGGUGCCCAGACACACUUCUCCAUCUUUUUCCCUCAGGGUUGACUAGGAUGAUAUAGCAGGGGGAGGAAAGUCCCUUCUCUUUGUGGCCUAGGAACCUCCCCAGUGUCUCAGGGUCUUUAGGGGAAAUGCAUUACUUGUCACAGGUGCCUUAAUUUUUCUCCCUUCACCUCCCAUCCCCAACUGAGUUAUCUUCUGGAAGCCGUCCAGGUCACACCUGGGAUGGGUGGGUUGGACUGGGAUGGUGCAAACAAGCCACUCUGGCUUUGUGGUCUCUGCAAGCAGGCGGGCACUGGAGGCUGUCCCUGGGAGGGAUGGUGCAGCUGGUCUUCCCCAUCCUUCCACAGUCCUCCCUGUCCCCUUUAGCUGUGGGACUCUCCUUCCUUCCCUACCCCUUGAGGGAUGGCUCUCGUGGAAACUGCUGGCCACGAAUGCUCACACAGGCCUUGGCCCCUUGGGUUCUAGAUUUUAUAGCUGUUAACAUGUUGACUUCUUAGUUACUGGUCGGUUGGAUUUGAGUUGGGCCCAGGGCCCGUUUUGGUUUUUGUUCUACGGUUGGGGAAGCCUUGGAUCAAGCCCCUCUUUCUCAUCUUUAUACGGCAUCGAGUUCAGAUCCCAGGCGUUGGCUUGUGGUGGAGGAGAAGGAGGGGUGGGGUGAUUAGGGCUGGCCCGUAGCACCCCGAGGUGCAGGUCCCUGCUGCCCCAGGAGCAGUCUGGAGGCCAGUGAGCCUUUGGGGAAUGCUCCUCCACCGGUUUAGUGUCAUUUAUAGGAUGUUUGGGGAAAGCUGCUCAAGCCCCUGAGGCUACCCCCCAUCCCUGGUCCCCGGGCAUCCUUUCUCCAAGCCAGGUGAGGCUGUCCUCACCUGGGGCCAGGAGCCAGUGCAGAGCUCAGGGCUAUUCUUAUUAAGUUUAUAAGCACAAAGUAUUUAUAUGAAUCUUUGUUAUAUUGUUAUUGACUGGUUUGUAUUAUUUUGAUUACAAAAUAAAAAGAUUUAACCGCC